GACAGUUGAAAAAGCGGAAGCUAACCUGUCAAAACGUUGGAUGUCUCUCUUUCCGGCAUCUUGCAAGACUUCGGAUUCAAGAUGGGACGUUACGCUAAGGAACCCGACAAUGCUUCUAAAUCCUGUAAAUCGCGCGGUUCGAACCUUCGGGUGCAUUUCAAGAACACUCGCGAAACGGCACUAGCCAUCAAGCGUAUGCCGCUCCGUCGUGCUCAGCGUUUCCUGAAGAACGUGAUCGAAAAGAAGGAGUGCGUACCGUUCCGCCGCUUCAAUGGCGGUGUGGGCCGUUGCGCUCAGGCCAAGCACUGGGGCACGUCGGUCGGUCGCUGGCCGAAGAAGUCUGCCGAGUUUCUGCUGCAGCUGCUGAAAAACGCUGAAGCGAACGCCGACUACAAGGGUCUGGAUGUGGAUCGGUUAGUGAUCAACCACAUUCAGGUGAACCGCGCGCCCUGCCUGCGUCGCCGCACGUACCGUGCGCACGGUCGCAUCAAUCCGUACAUGUCGUCGCCGUGCCACAUCGAGCUGUCGCUGACGGAGAAGGAGGACGUUGUGACCAAGGCCACCGACGAGUCGGAGCAGGCGAAGAAGAAGCUGUCCAAGAAGAAGCUGCAGCGGCAAAAGGAGAAGAUGAUGCGCAACGAGUAAGGGUGCGUGAUCGUAUGCUUACGCUGUGCAAAAUUGUUCUUUAAGGAGGCGAAUAAAACGGUCAACAAAAACACCCAAAAGUGCAGAGGAAAGCAAAAGUGUGGUGAGAAAAAAAAAACAAA